AUGUUAGAGGCGCGCUGGGCGGCCGCCGAGCAGACGCCCGGACUUCAAGCGGCGAGCUCCGGUCUCCAGCCAUGGUCCCCGCUCCGCCCCCCGCCGCCUCCUUCUCACUCGCCGAGGUCCAGCGGCGCCUGGCGGCCGGUGCCUGCUGGGUCCGCCGCGGGACCCGCCUCUACGACCUCACCGGCUUCGUGCGGCACCAUCCUGGGGGCGAGCAGCUGCUGCGAUCGCGGGCGGGUCAGGACAUCAGCGCCGACUUGGACGGACCACCUCACAGACACUCGGACAACGCACGCCGCUGGCUGGAGCAGUUCUACGUGGGCGAGCUGCGAGGGGACCUGCAGGGUUCCUUGGAGAAUGUGACUCUGGCCUCUGUGGAAACUCAGAAGGCAGACCCUGCUAUCGAACCAAGAUUCAAAGAGGUGGAUUGGGACAAGGACCUGGUGGACUGGCAGAAGCCUCUCCUGUGGCAGGUGGGCCACUUGGGAGAAAAGUAUGAUGAGUGGGUCCACCAGCCUGUGACCAGGCCCAUUCGCCUCUUUCACUCAGACCUUGUCGAGGCCCUCUCCAAGACUGCCUGGUAUUGUGUGCCCAUCAUCUGGGUGCCCCUGAUGCUGUACCUCAGCUGGUCCUACUACCGAACUCUUGCCCAAGGCAACGUCCGCCUGUUCACAUCGUUCACAACAGAGUACUCAGUGGCUGUGCCUGAGUCUGUGUUCCCCGGCCUCUUUGUGCUGGGGAUAUUCCUCUGGAGCCUCAUCGAGUACCUCAUCCACCGCUUCCUGUUCCACAUGAAGCCUCCCAGCAACAGCUAUUACCUCAUCACRCUGCAUUUCGUCAUGCACGGCCAGCACCACAAGGCACCCUUCGAUGGCUCCCGCCUGGUCUUCCCGCCAGUGCCAGCUUCUCUGGUGGUCGCCUUCUUCUACCUGGUCCUGCGGCUCAUCCUGCCUGAGGCGGUGGGAGGCACUUUGUUCGUAGGUGGUCUCCUGGGCUACAUCGUGUAUGACAUGACCCAUUACUACCUGCACUUCGGCUCUCCACACAAGGGCUCCUACCUGUACAGAAUGAAGGCCCACCACGUGAAGCAUCACUUUGCACACCAGAAGUCAGGAUUUGGCAUCAGCACUAAAUUGUGGGAUUACUUUUUCCACACACUCAUCCCAGAGGAAGGCCACCCAAAGACGCAGUGA